AUGGAUUCCACUACCGUCAAGAAUGCUGUCAUGCAGCAGGUCCGCACCGAGGCCAGCGUUGCCAAUGCGCAGAAGCUCAUGAACAAUCUCAAAUCGAGCUGCUUCGAUAUGUGCGUGCCCAAACCCGGUACCUCCCUGUCCAGCUCCGAGCAGAGCUGCGUCACCAACUGCAUGGAGAAGUACAUGGCCGCGUGGAACCUCGUCAACUCUACCUACAUCGCCAGGUUACGCGGCGAGAACGCCAAGUCCGACGGCUGGGCCUAA